GCAACAACAUGCUCCAACUUCAACUGGGCAAAGCACUGUGAAGGAUUUCUCCGGAUAAGGAUUGGAAAUUGAAGACUAAGAACUGACCAAGGAUGACCGCUCACUAGGCCUGAAUCUGAUCCACCGUGGCCACAGCAUGGUGAAACGAGUACUGGUAGCCUACGCCCUGUGGGCUGUGGGUGGUCCUCUGGGUCUUCACCAUCUCUACUUGGGGAGAGACAGCCAUGCUCUGCUGUGGAUGCUCACCCUGGGGGGCUUCGGGUUCGGCUGGGCCCGAGAGUUCAUACGCAUCCCGGCGUACGUCGGCGAGGCCAAUCGAGACGCGGGAAAAGAGAGACUACCUCACAGAGAGGGACUCCCACCUGUCAGCCCCGUCAGAUUCGCCGGACAGGUGUGUGUCGGGAUCUACUUUGGCACGGUGGCUCUGAUUGGACUGAACUCCCUCAGCUUCUUUUACUUGAUCGUUCUGCCCUUAAGCGUGGGCGCCGGGGUUCACCUGGUGUCCAAUGUCGGUCAACAGACCGCAGAUCUCCAGAAAACCCUGACAGCCUGUCUCGUGACAUCCCCGAUAUUCUACGGCAGCUCUCUGUCGCCUCUACCCAUAAGCUUGGCUGCUAGCGUCACUGCCUCCCAGAACCGCAGGUUCAAACCUCCAAUAGCACACGGCAGCCAGCAGAAAUUAGGUCCACGGCUUUACAGGAUUGGCUUAGCUUGGCUGGCCUUCUCCGCUCCACUGGGUUACUGUUUUUUCUACAACACAACAGCCACGCUGUAUUACCUGUCCGACACAAUAGCUGCGCUGCUGGACAUUUUCUGGUUCCUGCCUUGGCUCAGGAGCGUGCUGGAGUACUUUCUUUUAAUGCCGUACCGUAUCCUGUGCGCCCUGACCGGAGGGGGGUACCACGAAGAGGCUUGGAGGAAGGUGCUGGAAAUACUGCUGAAAGAGUACACAGAGAGAGAAAAAGAGGCGCUGAAGAUAUUGUCACUGGAGACGGAAGCAUCGCCGGAGGAGAUAACCCGGAGCUACAGGGAGCUGGCCAAGACAUGGCAUCCAGACCACAACCCAAGCAAUGAAGCUGAGAAGAUGUUCAUGAAGGUCCAGGAAGCUUACGACGUCCUGAUGCGGUGGCACAAACCCCAGCGAUUCAAAUAGUAGCACCGCGUUUCUUAUAGAUUGGCCCCUGCAGAGUUUCU